GGAUGGCGCGAGCCCCACACGAGGGCGUCCACACUCUUUCUUGGAGUUGCGCUUCACGAACCAAAAUAACACAUCGAUCUGAUUGAACAGCAGUGUUUUGGAGCCAUCAAAGCACAGACAAUAAGGAUCCUACGACUAGAAUCAUUUUUGGGCAAGAUUCACUAGCUGCAUAGGACGGGAAUCGCGGCUCACGGCUUGGGCCUAUUUCGUUAUAUUUUUUUGCGGCGCUGACACCGCCUAAACAAAAAAAAACAUUUGCAUGCAUCAAUAGAAGCCGAAACUAUUGUCUCAACCAACCCGUCAACUUCGUCUAUUGUUGACGUGGACUAGUUCUAUUUCGUUUCUAUCCCACGAGAAUAAGCGAAAGACUCGACUCGAAUCAAACACAUACAUGCAUGCGCUCCAGGCUACUGCGGCCUCCUCGUUAUCGCUUCCUUCGAGCACGUACAUCUAUGCCAUUGCUGAGGCACCAACAUCUGCAGCCCGCCAGUUUGGGGCCAUCUCGUCGGAUGACUCGCUGCGUUUAUUCGAUGGCCAGUCCCUGCAACCGCUGACGGUUGCAUCUGCAAAGGCGCACGAAGGCGUGACGGCGCUAAAGAGUGUUCGGAGCGUCGGAAAUGCGCCUGCGUUUCUGGCCACCGCAGGCCGAGAUGGGGCCGUGAGACUGUGGGAUAUCCGAUCUGGUCAUGUGUCUGGCAAAGCGGAUGUGGAGAUGAGAGUUGAAAGGGAUGUGCCUAUUUUGUCAUUGGCGUGCAAUCCAGAGACGCAUACGAUUGUUGCAGGAACUGAGAUUGUAUCUUCCCAGGCGACAGUUGCUUUAUGGGAUAUCCGCUCACCUGGGGAAAAGAAACAACAAUACGUCGAAAGCCACAACGAUGAUGUGACCGAGCUUCAAUUCCAUCCUACACGCCACAACGUUCUGCUGUCUGGCAGCACAGACGGCUUGGUCAAUCUGUACGACAUCAACAUAGCAGAUGAAGACGACACUCUUCUACAAGUAAUCAAUCAUGGCUCAAUCCACCACGCCGGCUUUCUAUCCGAAGAUGUCAUCUUCGCUCUGAGCCACGACGAAGUGUUUUCUAUCCACCCAGUCACUAAUCCCGAUGGUGAGGGCAGCAAUGAUGAUCCCACUCCAAUUCAAUUCGGAGAUUUAAGAAACCCGCUUGGUUGCGAGUAUGUGGUUCAGACGUUGAAUAAUAGUAACGGCACGUAUCUGGCUGCUGGGAAUACAGCCGAGCAACGUCUUGAUAUCCUCCCCAUAGUAUCAAACCCAAAAUGGGACUUUGAUUACAACGACUUUUGGCGCUUACCAGGUGCUCAUGGGGAAGAAAUUGUGCGAGCUGUACAUCUUGACGAACAGUCUCAAACAGUGUUUUCUGGCGGCGAGGAUGGAUUUAUCCGAGCUUGGCGGCCGAAUGCAUCUGCCGGGGGUGAAAAUGAGGUCUCCAUGGAAGAGCAUGAUCACACGCCUCGAUCUAAGGAUAAACGGAGACAAAGGGACGAGAAGAGAUUUAAACCUUAUUGACUUGAAAAGGAUUCUCUUUUUUGAAACUAUUCUUAGAUCUUCUAAUCAUCGAAACUCAUGAGAUCAUUACAGGCUGACUAAACCACAAAAUCAGGGGAAUCAACUCUAUGAAUAACUUUCCAGUUGGUAAAGUAGCACACUCUAUUAAUAGGACUUCUUUCAUCUUUCUAUCUCACCAUAUAGCUUGUCAUAAACAUACAAAUGUUACUUUGUAG